CCUCAGUCUACCACGGAACAUCACAGCUGCAUAGCAACCCAGCGACAUGCUGCCCAGGUUGAAAUCAAAGAGAAGGAGGUCUAGUUGAAUUGUGAACUUCUCUACAAGAACUGUGAUAGGAUCUUCAAAUAUGGCUUGUGCCCUAAGAAUGAUAUCCUGGUGGGCGGCCACGGCCGUGCUCUUCAGCAAGGGUGUCGCCAUCCAGUUCAACCCUAGUGAGGGCGGAGGCGAGUGUGCCCUCCGGCUCGACGGUAGAGGUCGGAACAGUGGGUUCGACUUUCACACCAACACCAUACACGGGGGACCCUUCGGGAGAGGCGGAAGUGGAUCCUGCAUCACGUAUGACGCCAUCAAUCAGGCGUACCUGGAGGCGAGGAAGCGGAUACAGGUAGCAACACCGUCGGGUGAAUGGAAGCCUCACGAAGUUGCUUCUGUUGGAGAGUUGCUGUUGGACAUCUCCAUUCAGUUGGCCAAGCACUACGGCUUGACCUAUGAGGAGGUGGAGAAGGGACUUCCUCUGAUUGACACCUCCAAGACUCUGAUCAGAGAAGUCUGUCCUUCGUUUCUGUCGAACGUGGAGUGUCGCCCAGGCAAGUACCGCCGACCAGAUGGCCUCUGUAACAACCUCAAACACCCGACAUGGGGUGCCAAAAACACACCUUUUACCAGACUGCUCGGGCCGCUAUUCUCCGACGGCAUGACAGCACCCAGGAUCAGCGUGAAGGGGUCGCAGUUGCCGAUGUCACGUAUUGUGUCACGCACCAUGCACCCGGACGAGGGCUUCCACGAACACGCGGGCACUGUCAUGAUCGUAGCCUGGGGACAGUUCAUGGACCACGACUUUACUCUCACUGCUACUCCUCUAGAUCCUCUCAACAAGAACGAGCCUGAGGAGUGCUGCAACCGACCACCCCAUCUCAAGAACCCGUACUGCUUCGAGAUCCCAGUGCCUGAGGACGACUACUUCUACCGCAAGUGGAACGUCAAGUGUCAAGACUUUGUGCGAGCCUUCCCUGCUGUGAGGGCCGGCUGCAGACUGGGUUCCAGGACUCCAUUCAACACUUUGACAGGAGUAAUUGAUGCCAACACUGUGUAUGGAGUCAGUGAGGAGUUCUCAAGACACUUAAGAUCUGGCUUUGGAGGCAAGUUGAGGAUGAACCCAGUGUUUUCCGAGUAUGGACUCAAGGAUCUUCUGCCUCUUAAGUUGGACAUCCCUGAUGAGGGCUGCACAAGGACCAACAGGUCUCAGUACUGCUUCGACGCAGGUGAGAUCCGAGUGAACGAGCAGCUAGUCCUGACUUGCAUGCACACACUCUGGGCUCGUGAACACAACAGGUUGGCGCACGCUCUGCAGCAGAUCAAUCCUCACUGGGACGAUGAGACACUUUUCCAGGAGGCCCGAAGGAUUGUCAUCGCCCAGAUACAACACAUCACAUACAACGAGUUUCUACCAAUACUUCUGGGAAAGGAAGUGAUGGAAAAGUUUGGACUGCUAACACAGAAAGAGGGCUAUUGGGACGGAUACGACCCUGACGUCAACCCCAAUGUGAUUGAUGCAUUCUCUGCAGCUGCCUUCCGCUUCGGCCACACACUGCUACCUACAUCUAUAGAACGCUGGAGCAAAGCACACAAGUUUAUUGCCUCCAAAAGACUGUCUGACCUCAUCCGAAGGCCCUACGACCUCUACAGAGCCGGAGUGUUUGAUGAAUACUUCAUGGGUCUGACAAACCAAGUCGCCCAAGCUAUGGACGACUCUGUGACCCAGGAGGUAACAAACAACUUGUUUAAGAAGCCAGGACAUCACCACGGACUGGACUUGGUGUCUUUUAACAUGCAAAGAGGCAGGGACUUUGGUAUUCCAGGAUAUAUGGAGUACAGGAAGUUCUGUGGACUGCCUGGUGCCCACAACUUCGACGGACUCAUGGGAGCUAUGCCUAACACUACCAUCAGCCGAUAUGCCACUGUAUACGAGAGCCCGUCCGAUGUAGACCUGUGGUCAGGAGGGGUGUCAGAGCGGCCGCUGCCGGGCAGCAUGAUCGGACCAACCUUUGGCUGCAUCAUCGCCACUCAGUUUAGCUACGCUCGCCGAGGGGACAGGUUUUGGUACGAACUACCAAACCAGCCAUCAUCCUUCACUCCUGAGCAACUACAAGAGAUACGGAAGGCGAAGUUGGCAAGAGUGGUGUGUGACAACACAGACUUGAUCGACACAAUUCAAGUGUACCCCAUGGUGCUCGCAGAUCACGAAAUCAAUCCCAGAGUUCCAUGCCGCAGUGGCAUUCUUCCCUCCUUGGACCUGACCAAGUGGGCGGAUCACGGAGGAUCUUCCUCAGGACCAUCCGGACCUUCGGGGCCUGCCGGGCACUUCCCCGCUUCUGGCACCGCCUUCGACCCUCUCUUCGGCAAGAAGUAACGACUUCGUACAAGCAUCGUAUAGUGACUGGAGAAAGUUAAAUUAACAGAUACGAGUAUGCGACCAAUUAUUACAAAUAAUGUGAAGGAUUAUAAACAGAUGAAGUUUGAUUUUGCAAUAGCACUAUUACACUUUAAAAAAUUUUAGGAGAGGGUUUAGUUGACUUACCUGAGAAAACCUUAGUCCAAAUACUUACAGAUUUGCAAUAAUUGUACACAUUACUUUCUUGCGUUUCUCUAAAUUCCCAAACACACUAAUUUUCUACGGUAAGCCAGCUCACUUGCAUCCCUUAAAAAAGUUGUUAAUUAGCCACAUGGCUGUUUCUUAAAACCCUUCUUAACUUGAAAAUUGCCAUACAAAUUCGGUUGUGUAUCCAUUGGUUGAUCAUGUAGUUGAUUUGAAAGUAGUAAGAUUGUAAUUUUGCAUAUAGCUUCUUGUUCAUCCUUUACAAUAGGCCUAUAUUCGUUUAUUAUCAAUCUACACAGCUAAAAUCUAAGCUGAUUGGUUAUGUUUACUGAAAAUGGCAAAUGUGUGCAAAAUUAAUUAACAGUGCUACUCCUGAUUAUAAUAAGACCUUUGUUAUAGACAAUGUAUACAGUUUCUUUAGGCCAAGGAGAAGUUUUAACUGAUAAAACUCUAAUGUUGACUUUUUAGCAGAUCUUUGUGAUCCAAGCUUAUACCGGAUGUGACUUUUGAAUUGAUAUUUAAGAUGUUUUUCUUUGUGUAUAUUUAAACUUUUAAGUUAUUUUCUUGAGAAACUGUCUUUCCUAAAGUAAAAAGUGUCUUUUCCCAAAGGGUAAUACAAAAAUUAAUUUGCUAAGACAAAUAAUAUAUUUUACAAAUAUCUUGUACUUUAAGUAUUGAGAAGCUUCCCAAAGGUGGAUUAGUUAUUUACCUUUUUAUGAAAUGUUCUUUUUACUUUUGGAUGGACAAACAUUUAUAAUUUGUAUAUUAAAAUAUGUAAAUACAAAAGUUUUUUAAUAAAAGG